GUGAGGAGCAGCCCACACAGAGGCAGAUGGAGCAGUAUGCAAUUUUCUAGCAAGCACACACCCUUUCCCAAGCAGGCACCCAGCUAGCAGCUAACUCUGAAGUCCCCUGGAGCCGCUGAGGUAGCAGACAAGAGGACGUAACAUGUCUUUGCUCUGCGUUGGAGUUAAAAAAGCCAAGUUUGACGGGGCCCAAGAGAAGUUCAACACCUACGUGACGCUGAAGGUGCAGAAUGUCAAGAGCACGACCAUCGCGGUGCGGGGGAACCUGCCCUGCUGGGAGCAGGACUUCAUGUUUGAGAUUAACCGGCUGGACCUGGGGCUGACGGUGGAGGUGUGGAACAAGGGGCUGAUCUGGGACACCAUGGUGGGGACGGUGUGGAUCCCCCUGCAGACCAUCCGGCAGUCCAACGAGGAGGGCCCCGGGGAAUGGCUCACCCUCGACUCCCAGGUCAUCAUGACCGACAACGAGAUCUCUGGCACCAAGGACCCCACCUUCCACCGCAUCCUGCUGGACACCCGCUUCGAGUUACCGCUCGACAUCCCCGAGGAGGAGGCCAGGUACUGGGCGAAGAAGCUGGAGCAGCUGAAUGCUAUGAAGGAUCAGGACGAUUACGAGUUCCAGGAGGAGCAGGACAAACCGCUCCCCAUGCCCGGCUCCCAGUGCUGCAACUGGAAUUAUUUUGGCUGGGGAGAGCAGCAGAAUGACGACCCCGACAGCACCAUGGACGACCGGGACAGCGAUUACCGAAGCGAGACCAGUAAUAGCAUCCCGCCUCCGUACUACACCACGUCCCAGCCCAACGCCUCGGUCCACCAGUAUCCCAUGAGGCACCAGCAGCAGAGCUCCCGCGACUCGUACACGGACUCCGUGCAGAGCUACGAGAUGGACUACUCGGAUCAGCGGCCCAUCAGCCCCACCGGGAGCAGCCGCUACGCCUCGUCCGGGGAGCUGAGCCAAGGCAGCUCCCAGCUGAGCGACGACUUCGACCCCGACAACGAGAGCCUGCGGGGCUCGGAGCUGGACGAGCGGGACAGGGACUCCUACCACUCCUGCCACAGCUCCGUCAGCUACCACGACGACUCGCCCCGCUGGGAGGAGGACUUCUACCCCGAGGAGGAGGACGAGGACUACAGCGAGAACGAGCAGGACUACCCCAAGGUGGAGGCCGAGGUGCCGCGGGACCGGGAGGCGGACAAGGCCAAACCCCCGGAGCGCGAGCCCUACCCGCAGCCGCCGGCGAAGCAGCAAGUGCCCCUGCCGCAGGCGCAGCAGGUGCCAGCACUGAAGCAGCAGCAGGAGAGGAAGGAAGAGAAGGCGGCCCAGGAAACUCCAGAGAUCCCCCAGGAAAAGCCAGCAGCGGAGGAGCCCCCAGUCCCAGAGAGAGCGCCGGAACCCCCAAAGCCAGCGGAGGGUUACAGAGAGCGGGAGGACGUGGAAGUCCAGGACGCCAAGUCCCGAGCCAAGGCCAACUGGCUAAAAGCAUUCAACAAGGUUUGCAUGCAGCUGCAAGAGGCCCGGGGAGAAGGAUCUGGCGAGGCGAAGUCGCUGUGGUUUAAAGGCGGGCCUGGCGGCGGUCUGAUCAUUAUUGACAGCAUGCCCGACAUACGCAAGAGAAAGCCAAUCCCCCUAGUUAGCGAUUUGGCUAUGUCGCUGGUCCAGUCCAGGAAAGCCGGAAUCACAUCAGCACUAGCAUCAAGCACCUUAAACAACGAAGAGCUAAAAAACCAUGUUUACAAGAAGACCCUUCAAGCCUUAAUCUACCCCAUCUCCUCCACGACCCCCCACAACUUCGAGGUGUGGACCGCCACCACCCCCACGUACUGCUACGAGUGCGAGGGGCUGCUGUGGGGCAUCGCCCGGCAGGGCAUGCGCUGUACGGAGUGCGGGGUGAAGUGCCAUGAGAAGUGCCAAGACCUGCUGAACGCAGACUGCCUACAGAGAGCAGCCGAGAAGAGCUCCAAGCACGGGGCCGAGGACCGGACCCAGAACAUCAUCAUGGUGCUGAAGGACCGCAUGAAGAUCCGGGAGCGGAACAAGCCGGAGAUCUUCGAGCUGAUCCAAGAGAUCUUUGCCGUCUCCAAAGCCACCCACACCCAGCAGAUGAAGGCCGUGAAGCAGAGCGUGCUGGAUGGCACCUCCAAGUGGUCGGCCAAGAUCAGCAUCACAGUUGUCUGUGCCCAGGGCCUGCAGGCAAAGGAUAAGACGGGCUCCAGUGACCCGUAUGUUACUGUCCAGGUUGGAAAGACGAAAAAAAGGACUAAAACGAUCUAUGGAAAUCUAAAUCCGGUCUGGGAGGAGAAUUUCCAUUUCGAAUGCCAUAACUCCUCCGAUCGGAUCAAGGUGCGGGUCUGGGACGAGGACGACGAUAUCAAGUCGCGCGUCAAGCAGCGCUUUAAGAGAGAAUCCGACGACUUUCUGGGCCAGACGAUCAUAGAGGUCCGGACGCUGAGCGGGGAGAUGGAUGUCUGGUACAACCUAGACAAGCGGACGGACAAGUCGGCCGUGUCCGGAGCCAUCCGGCUGCACAUCAGCGUGGAGAUAAAGGGAGAGGAGAAGGUGGCACCGUACCAUGUGCAGUACACCUGCCUGCACGAGAACCUCUUCCACUUCGUGACGGACAUACAGAACAACGGGGUGGUGAAGAUCCCCGAGGCCAAGGGGGACGACGCCUGGAAGGUGUACUUCGACGAGACGGCUCAGGAGAUCGUGGACGAGUUCGCCAUGAGAUACGGGGUGGAGUCCAUCUACCAGGCCAUGACCCACUUUGCCUGCCUGUCCUCCAAAUACAUGUGUCCCGGAGUGCCGGCCGUCAUGAGCACCCUUCUAGCCAACAUCAAUGCAUACUAUGCCCACACCACUGCCUCCACCAACGUGUCUGCCUCAGACCGCUUUGCUGCUUCCAAUUUCGGGAAAGAACGUUUCGUCAAGCUGCUGGACCAGCUGCACAACUCGCUCCGGAUUGACCUGUCCAUGUACCGGAACAACUUCCCUGCCAGCAGCCCGGAGAGGCUGCAGGAUCUCAAGUCGACGGUGGAUCUGUUAACUAGCAUCACCUUCUUCCGAAUGAAGGUGCAGGAGCUGCAGAGCCCGCCCCGGGCCAGCCAGGUGGUGAAGGACUGUGUGAAAGCCUGCCUCAACUCCACCUACGAGUACAUCUUCAACAACUGCCAUGAGCUGUACAGCCGCGAGUACCAGACCGACCCGACCAAGAAAGGCGAGGUCCCCCCCGAGGAGCAGGGGCCCAGCAUCAAGAACCUGGAUUUCUGGUCCAAACUCAUCACGCUGAUUGUUUCGAUUAUUGAAGAGGAUAAGAACUCGUACACGCCCUGCCUGAACCAGUUCCCCCAGGAGCUGAACGUGGGUAAGAUCAGCGCCGAGGUAAUGUGGAACCUCUUUGCUCAGGACAUGAAAUAUGCAAUGGAAGAGCAUGACAAGCAUCGCCUGUGUAAAAGUGCUGACUACAUGAACCUGCACUUCAAAGUGAAAUGGCUUUAUAACGAGUAUGUGACCGAGCUCCCUGCCUUCAAGAGCCGCGUCCCCGAAUACCCCGCCUGGUUUGAGCCUUUCGUUAUCCAGUGGCUGGAUGAAAAUGAGGAGGUGUCCCGGGAUUUCCUGCAUGGAGCGCUGGAGCGGGACAAGAAGGACGGGUUCCAGCAAACCUCUGAGCACGCGCUCUUCUCCUGCUCCGUGGUGGACGUCUUCUCCCAGCUGAACCAGAGCUUUGAGAUCAUCAAGAAGCUGGAGUGCCCCGACCCGCAGAUCGUCGGGCACUACAUGCGGAGGUUUGCCAAGACCAUCAGCAACGUGCUGCUGCAGUACGCCGAGAUCAUCUCCAAGGAUUUCGCUUUGUACUGCUCCAAGGAGAAGGAGAAAGUGCCCUGUAUCCUGAUGAACAACAUCCAGCAGCUCCGUGUCCAGUUGGAGAAGAUGUUUGAAGCCAUGGGGGGGAAGGAGCUGGACGCCGAGGCCAGCGACAUCCUGAAGGAGCUGCAGGUGAAACUCAACAACGUCCUGGAUGAGCUCAGCAGAGUUUUUGCCACCAGUUUCCAGCCUCACAUUGAGGAGUGCGUGAAGCAGAUGGGCGACAUCCUGAGCCAGGUGAAGGGCACCGGGAACGUCCCCGCCAGCGCCUGCAGCAGCGUCGCGCAGGACGCCGACAACGUCCUUCAGCCCAUCAUGGACCUUCUGGACAGCAACCUGACUCUCUUCGCCAAGAUCUGCGAGAAGACGGUGCUGAAGCGGGUGCUGAAGGAGCUCUGGAAGCUGGUGAUGAACACCAUGGAGAAGACCAUCGUCCUCCCGCCCCUCACCGACCAGACGAUGAUUGGGACGCUCUUGAGAAAACACGGCAAGGGGACAGAGAAGAGCAGGGUGAAGCUGCCCAGUCACACGGAUGGCACCCAGAUGAUCUUCAAUGCGGCCAAGGAGCUGGGGCAGCUGUCCAAACUGAAGGACCACAUGGUGCGUGAGGAGGCGAAAAGCCUGACCCCCAAGCAGUGCGCCGUGGUGGAGCUGGCCCUGGACACCAUCAAGCAAUAUUUCCAUGCGGGAGGAGUGGGGCUGAAGAAAACCUUCCUGGAGAAGAGCCCCGACCUGCAGUCGCUGCGUUACGCCCUGUCUCUCUACACGCAGGCCACCGACCUGCUCAUCAAAACCUUCGUGCAGACUCAGUCGUCUCAGGGCGCUGGCGUGGAUGACCCGGUCGGGGAGGUGUCGAUCCACGUGGAGCUCUUCACUCACCCUGGCACCGGGGAACACAAGGUCACUGUUAAAGUCGCGGCUGCUAAUGACCUCAAGUGGCAGACGUCAGGCAUCUUCCGGCCCUUCAUCGAGGUCAACAUCAUCGGGCCCCAUCUCAGUGAUAAGAAGAGGAAAUUUGCCACCAAGUCCAAGAACAACAGCUGGGCCCCCAAAUACAAUGAAAGCUUCCAGUUCACCCUGAGCAGUGAGACGGGCCCCGAGUGCUACGAGGUGCAGGUGUGCGUCAAGGACUACUGCUUCGCCCGGGAGGACCGCACAGUGGGGAUCGCCGUGCUGCAGCUCAAGGACAUCGUGCAUCGGGGCAGCUGCGCCUGCUGGCUGCCCCUGGGCCGGCGCAUCCACAUGGACGACACGGGCCUCACCGUCCUGCGCAUCCUCUCGCAGCGCAACAACGACGAGGUGGCCAAGGAGUUCGUGAAGCUCAAGUCGGACACGCGCUCGGCUGAGGAAGGCAGCAGCAGUUAAGGGCCUGAGCAGGUGUAGAACAUCCCUAGCACCACCCCCGUCCUGCCCCUUUUCUACAGCAUCCUCCAGCCACGUAAAAGCCAUACAGGUCAUCCACAGCCCCCACACCGGGUAGGGAAGGGAGCCCCCCCGCCAGGAAGCCCUUGCCACAAGCAGGCGCCUGCUUCCCAGUGCCAAGGAUCGAAGCAGGCGCUCUGUGCCCCUCCCUGCAUCCCUGGGCUGCAGCUCAAGGGCACUGCCCCGGCUGCGAUGGGGCAGGGAAGAUGCAGCCCCCAGGGAGCGCAAGCUGCCCUCACUGCUGGCAGGGGUGGCCUUAGCGCUUCGUCCCGAACCUAUUUCUGUCACGACAGAUGCUGGGUGAGGCAGAAGCCGAGGCCUGGAGCUGACCGUGAGGCAGGAGCAUUUGAACAAACGUGAGCCACCCAGUAUGGCCACAAGGUUGGCACAGGGGGAAGCAAGGCUAGAUCUCAGCCCAUCCAGCCCCCCCUCCACUCGUCCCUGAGCUCCAGGAAAAUCACCCUAGCUGGUAGCAGUAUAGGGGAUAUGCCACAUUGUUGAGUAGGUUGAUUCCUUCCAGCAGGAGGCAGCAUCACAUGUCCAAACUGCCCUGUGCUCAUGGCAACCUCAUUCGGCAAUAGAGAUGAGCCAGGCAGCAAUGGGCACAGGGAGGUUGAGACGGGGCCUUGGGUUCUCCUCCAGGGCUCCCGUCGAGCGUGGCUGCUAAGGAUACACCUGGGCCAGUGUCAGCCUGCAGUGGCUGGCGGCUCUGGGAGUCCGC